ACAAGCAUGGCGGGAAUUCCAAUAAACAAUUUAGAAAGAAUUAAGAAAUACCAGAAGUGAUGUAUUUCAUAUCGCACUCGCUGUGCUGUAUGUGUGAAUUAUAUCAAGAGAUGAAAUUAGAAAAUAACUGUUUAACUUUAAAACCAUAGGCGCCUAUUAGUGCGUUUUCCAUAUGAGAGGACUACGCCUCGCUUCGAAGAUUUUAAGUGACUGUCAAGUUCUAUAUUUUCCAGUGCCACGACCUACGUCCUGCAUGGCUAUAUCUCCAUUGUGACAGCUCAGAGAUCGUGCAAAAAAAAACUGAAAAAUGGCCUUGAUAGAUGUGAGGGGUGUGAAAGUCAGUUUUCCAUACACACCUUAUCCUUGUCAAGUCACCUAUAUGGAAAAAGUUGUGGAGACUUUACAGAAGCAUGAAAAUGCUGUCUUGGAAAGUCCCACUGGUACUGGUAAGACACUCUGUUUGCUAUGCUCAUCGCUGGCAUGGCUUGAAGGCCGCAAGGCACAGGUGGAACUUAACAGACAAACUGGGGCAGCAGCCUUGCUGGGAGAGGCUGGAAAAGAGAAUAUCAGUGACCAAACUCUUUCAGCCAUGGCAGCUAGCUUGCAAAGAGCUUCUGGUUCUUCCUGGGGUUCGAGCGAUUUUUUGGUGCCAAAGAUCAUCUAUGCCUCUAGAACUCACUCCCAGCUUUCACAGGCUGUCCAAGAACUGAAGAAGACAGCAUACAGCAGUGUGAAAACAGCAGUGAUAGGGUCACGAGAACAGUUGUGUGUCAACGAGCAAGUGAAGAAAGAAGUUAGCAACACUGCAAAGGUCCAUCUUUGCAGAGCCAAGGUUUCAGCACACCGCUGCCACCAUUACAAUGUUUUAGAAGACCUGAAACGCAAUGCAGAGGUUAGGCACAUUGUUGGCAAUGUGGUUGAUAUUGAAGACCUUGUCUCUCACGGUUCCAAGAGCAAAGUGUGCCCAUACUACCUGGCACGAGAGAUCAAGUCUGAUGCAGACAUCAUAUUUAUGCCAUAUAAUUAUCUUCUGGAUCCAAAGUCUAGGCGAACUCAUGGUGUGGAGCUGCAAGGAAAUAUUGUUAUAUUUGAUGAAGCACAUAAUCUGGAGCGAAUUUGUGAAGAAAGUGCCUCUUUUGACCUUAGUUCUUUGGACCUAGCCACAGCUAUAGAAGAAACUACACAGCUGGGAGUCAAAGUGACUGACUUACUAGAAGCAGAAGCAGGUAGUGCUGAUACAGGAGAUGCCACUACAAUUCCUGAGUUCACGUUGGAGGAUAUUGUUGUACUGAAAAAAACCCUCUUGGAACUCGAAGAGCUGAUAGAUGCUGAGCCUCUGACAGAUAAAGGCUCUACACAACCUGGCAUGUACAUAUUUGAUUUACUGGCCAAGGUCAACAUAUCCUACCAAACAAAAACUGAAGUCAUUAAUGUGCUGGACAAAAUGGUAGGCAUUUUUAAAUAUGAUGGUACAUCUUCACUUUUACAUACCAAGGGUGUGGGACUGUCAAAAGUGGCUGAUGCUUUGAAGAUCGUGUUUAGCCAAGAGCCAGGAGAUAAUGUUUCUAUCAGCCAACAUAAGGCUGCUUUAGCACUGAAUUACAAGGUUCACAUACACCUGAAGGAGGGUAACACACAGAAGAGAAAAAAGAAGCUUGACUCAUGGGCUUCAGCUGGGGGAAGUGAGAAAUCAGAGCGAGUCCUCAGCUAUUGGUGCUUCAGCCCUGGACACAGUAUGAAGGACCUUGUGAGUCAGGGGGUCACUUCCAUCAUUCUCACUAGUGGCACCCUUUCCCCCAUCGAGUCCUUCACCAUGGAGAUGCAAGUGCCUUUUAAUAUACGCCUUGAGAACCCUCAUGUCAUUCAAAAGCACCAGGUGUGGAUUGGAAGUCUAAGCUGUGGUCCUGAUGGGACUGUGUUGAACUCCAGCUAUCAAAACAGAUUCAGUGAGUCUUACCAGUCAUCACUUGGUAAUUCUAUAGUAAACUUUGCUCGCGUGGUACCCAAAGGGCUUCUUGUGUUUUUCCCUUCCUAUCCCCUGAUGGAGAUGUGUGUGGAGAUGUGGCAGAAAAACAACAUCUGGAAUAGGAUCUUGGCACAUAAGGCUGUUGUUCUAGAGCCAAGGGGCAAAGAUGCUUUUACAGAGGCAAUGCAAGACUAUUACAGCAAAAUUAAUGAUGAGACAUUGAAUGGUGCUAUCUUCAUGGCAGUGUGCAGAGGCAAGGUGAGUGAAGGACUGGACUUUGCUGAUACAAAUGGUCGUGCUGUGGUCAUCACUGGCUUGCCAUUCCCUCCUAUGAUGGAUCCACGUGUCAUUCUUAAAAUGCAGCACCUAGACAGCAUGCGGGGAAAGAUGGGAUUUGAGAGUCUUACGGGUCAGCAGUGGUACCAGCAGCAGGCAACACGAGCAGUGAAUCAAGCCAUAGGCCGUGUCAUACGGCACAAGGAUGACUUUGGUGCUAUUCUGUUAUGUGAUACGAGAUUUUCUUCCCAGCAUUCUAUUAACCAGCUUCCAAUGUGGAUAAGGCCUUAUGUCUCAAAGUACACCACUUUUGGCCAAGCUGUUAAAGACAUGUUGUCGUUCUUCAAGAUUGCAGAGAAAACAUUGCCAGUUCCACAGGGAAGGCAGCACAAGUCAAAAACAACUGGGAAUGGCUCUGGUUGUCAGGUGGCAUUUUUUGAGCCAACACUUUCUCGCCGUGUGGGGCAUAUCGAGCAGGCAUCUGGUGUUGCUUAUCAUGUGCCAAGCCUAAGCAAACAAAGAAAUGAAGGCAACAGCUCCACAAUUUCUCCUUUGGAGCAGUACACCAGGUUAAGCAUACCGAAAGUCAGUUCUGCAACUGGAAGUCGUCAAGGACUACUUGGUGCACUGGAGAGCAGUGAUAAAAUUGUGGAAAAGAUUGAGAGACUUUCAGAAUCACAGAUUCCCUCUUACCAGCCCCUUGGAAAGAAAGUCUCAAGGAAAAGAAAAAUCGUCAUAAAGUGGCCUGACUCCCACCCAGCAAAGCCACCUCCGUCUGUAACAGCACUAGACCCUAAGGACACCAGCAGCAGCAGCAGCAGCAGCAGCAGCAGCAAAGUGAAGUCUGUGCUGUCAGCGGCAGACUACCAGAGGUUUUCAAAAGCACUCACAGAAUACAAGAAUAAGGAGUCCUUGCCAGAUGUAACUGCUGUUCUGGCCCACCUUUUCACGACUGAAAAAGAACGGUUUCACCUAUUCAGAAUGUUCUACAAGUUUGUAAGACCUCAUCAUAAGAAAGAGUUUGACAGCAUUUGCAGUGCACUGACAGGACAGUCAUGUAACUACAGGUCAGAGCAUGUGUUAACUUGGGAAUCUGUCAUGGGGCGCAGCGCUCAAGAAUCCCAUGACAAACGAAUGAAGCUAGACAGUGUGCAAAACAAUGGCCCCUGCCAGGAGUUUAAUUCGGAUAAAAAUCCUGGAUCUUCUAAAACUUCAGAGACAGGACCUUCAUCUUCAAGUAAUAGCAGUGGAAACGUGGCACCUGGUUCGAGCAUCUCAGGUUGUAAAGUGAUGAACUCUACGGCCAGGGUCGCAGAGACGAGUUCUGCAAGUACAGCAGGACCUGAUGGGACCAAAAGUAGCCAUUUGAACACUGAGAGGCACUUACAGGAGGAUACUGGGGAACCUCAAAGGACAACAGUUUCUUUGGGGCAGCUCGACGUUGAGAAGAUAAGACUCAUGGCCAGAGAAUCCAACAAAGUUCAUCCGAAAUCAGGUUACACUUGCAGCAAGUGUAAGAAUGAUGCCCAUGUACCAUUUGAGAACACUUGUGGCCAUGUCUGCUGUUUCAUGUGCUGGCGGCAAUCACUCCAGGUGAGCAGGGUGUGCCCAGGCGGCUGUGGCCAGGAGGUCAGACGCCGACAGCUUCGCCAGCUCCUCUUCGCAUCGGGUGACCAGAGCGUCUUCCACGACACCGAGAUGGCAGCAGUGCCUCCACCCCCUGCGGAUAGAGACUCUAAUAAAGCCUCUCCAUCGUACGUCUGAAUGACGACCUGCUUCCCAGCUGGGUCAGACUUGAGAAGCCCCAGAGACAGUGCCGGUGUCUUAGUCUUAGCUCUCUGCUCUGGUAACCAUUGCAAACACGCGCUGCGCUGGCGCGGGCCGGGAACAGGAUAUUUCCGCUAUGUGCUGGGCUUAGAGGUUAUAUUUAAAUUUCUGAUAGUUAUCAACAGGGCAUCACACGGGUACAUGUAGAAAAGGUCAUCCUUGCCUUCCUUUCUAGAGGUUUAAAGAAAAAAAACCCUAAAUUCCGCAAGUGCCGGAAUUUAAAAUAAUUUGCACAUGCGCAGCUUGGCUGGUCUGAGUAGUGUAAGUCUGGAAUGGUUAUCUGAAUAGAAAGAUGCGAUUGUGAGACUGGCAGUAAGGGCCGUUUGAUUGCGAAUAAUAAGACUGUAACUAACUUGUUGCUAAACAGUAAUUAGACUGAGGAUAGAUUAAUAACAUGCAAACUCCUUAGCGGUAACUGGACUGUGAAUAUGGCAGCAAGAUAAUGUGUUGAGAGGUACACACUAAUGUUGAACACUUGAAUUUGUGUGUGUGAAGGCUGUGGCUGAUGACUUGCCACUGGCAAGAAAUAUGUCUGAGAAGACA